ACAGAAAGCGCAAAGAGAGUGUUGUCAUAUUCCAUUCAAUAACAGGAGUGGAAUGCAAAGAGUCUGUAGUAGCGGUGCUGCUGCUCAGAAUAUAAUAAUAACAAUCAAGCUAGGUGCGAUGCCGGGAGUUGCUGCUGCUGCUAACACAAUAAGAAGAAACCCUAACUUCUUCCAUUUCUCUUCCAUUUCUCGGAAUUACGGAAAUGGAAUAUCAGGGGGUGCUUUUGUCAAGAAUCGUGUCACCUUUUCUUCUCCUGCUUCUCACUUCACUCGCGCCCUUUCGCUUCGAUGUUUCUCUUCUUCUUCAAGUGGCUUUGAUCGGGUUCAAGUUCAAAAUCCCAUCGUUGAAAUGGACGGUGAUGAAAUGGCGAGGAUAAUUUGGAAAAUGAUAAAAGACAAGCUUAUAUAUCCUUAUCUGGAUUUGGAUAUCAAGUAUUUUGAUUUGGGUAUAUUGAAUCGUGAUGCUACUGAUGAUAAGGUCACUGUAGAAAGUGCUCUUGCAGCUCUCGAGUACAAUGUUGCUGUUAAGUGUGCUACAAUUACUCCCGAUGAGACUAGAGUUAAAGAAUUUGGCCUGAAGUCUAUGUGGAGGAGUCCUAAUGGCACCAUUAGAAACAUCUUAAAUGGUACUGUUUUCCGUGAACCUAUCCUCUGUCGAAACAUUCCAAGAAUUGUUCCUGGUUGGAAGAAACCCAUAUGCAUUGGUAGGCAUGCCUUUGGUGAUCAAUAUCGCGCCACAGAUACAAUCAUUCCAGGGCCAGGAAAGCUUAAAAUGGUUUUUGUCCCAGAAGAUGGUGAAGUCCCAGUGGAGCUUGAUGUUUAUAAUUUCAAAGGCCCAGGCAUAGCUCUUGCAAUGUAUAAUGUUGAUGAGUCUAUUCGAAAUUUUGCGGAGUCAUCAAUGUCAUUGGCAUUUGCAAAGAAGUGGCCUCUUUACUUGAGCACCAAAAACACUAUUCUGAAGAAAUAUGAUGGCAGGUUUAAGGACAUAUUCCAGGAGGUAUAUGAAGAAAAGUGGAAGCAGAAGUUUGAAGAAAAUUCAAUAUGGUAUGAGCAUAGGCUAAUUGAUGACAUGGUAGCUUAUGCAUUAAAAAGUGAGGGCGGAUAUGUCUGGGCUUGCAAAAACUAUGAUGGAGAUGUUCUAAGUGAUUUACUUGCUCAAGGAUUUGGCUCACUAGGCCUCAUGACCUCUGUAUUGUUAUCUUCUGAUGGAAAGACAAUUGAAGCUGAGGCAGCUCACGGGACUGUAACCCGGCAUUUCCGGUUGUAUCAAAAGGGACAGGAAACCAGCACAAAUAGUAUUGCUUCAAUAUUUGCAUGGACACGGGGUUUAGAGCAUAGGGCCAAGCUGGAUAACAAUGAAAGGUUGCUUGAUUUUGUUCUCAAGUUGGAGGCUUCAUGCAUUGGAACUGUGGAGGCAGGAGAAAUGACCAAGGAUCUUGCCAUUUUGACCCAUGGCCCGGGGUAAGUGGGUAUCAAGGGAAUUUUAUCUUGAUACUGAAGAGUUUAUUGAUGCGGUUGCACGAAAUCUAGAAACAAAGCUUCAGGAGCCAGCUGUUGUCUAAGCGGAGAGUGUUAUCAUGUGGUCGUAAUGAGAUUCUGAGGAUUGGGAUAAAAUUUGCAUGUACCACAUACUCUUUUAAUUGUUUUGAUCAUCAUAGUAGAUGCAAUUUUCACAGCAUUACAUAAAGGGUCAAUUUCAAUUUUCUCUGGUAGUUUUCCCUUUGGGGUUUGAUGAUAUGAAUGUCUCACUGCAAACUCUUAAUGUUAUGCAGUGUUCAUUUUA